UUCCGGGGCCCGAGACGGGGAGUGGAGCAGAGCCUGGCCCCACCACGGGCCGCGGUCAUACCCGAGCGCCGGCCGAGCACCCCCGUGCCGGGAGCCAUGCCCGCUUCGGCAGCACUAGACUCGUCGGCGGGCGGCCGGCGUGUAGCCGACACUCCCCGCUCCCCAGGUCACCAGCUCCGGGGCGACCCCAAGGCCCCGCGGCCGGAAGUCGACAGGCUCGAGGCGGAAGGGGCGGAUCCGGAAGUUUCGGGAAUGCGCCACGUCUAAGGAGGCGCCGGGCUGGUGCCGGAGCUGCAGCCAAGGCAGGGGCCCGAGCGGGGCCAAAUCGAGGCACCAUGGCUGACUGGGCUCGGGCUCAGAACCCUGGUGCUGUGGAAGAGAUUCUUGACAUGGAGAACAAGCGGAUGACUGACAAUCUGGCCUCCAAAGUUACCAGGCUCAAAUCGCUGGCUCUGGACAUCGACAGGGAUGUGGACAACCAGAACCGGUACUUGGAUGGAAUGGACUCGGAUUUCACAAGCAUGACAGGCCUGCUCACUGGGAGUGUGAAGCGUUUUUCCACAAUGGCACGGUCUGGGCGAGACAACCGGAAGCUUCUAUGCGGUAUGACUGUGGGCCUGAUCGUGGCCUUCUUCAUUCUCUCCUACCUUGUGUCAAGAGCAAGGACUUGAGCUGAUGUGAGCUGGCUUCUGUGGGUGCCUGGGGCAACCGAGGUCUCCCCCUGCCUAGUGUCCUGGGCUCCUGAAGACUUACCUACAAAAUACUUUCAAAUGAUUAUUGCGUGUUAGGAAUCUUCUUCCUGUCAGUUUGAAAGCUAACUGCUGUCUCUGAGUGAGCUCUUUUUGGGUGACCCCAGAGGUGCAGGAGGUUUUCCACCAACCUCGAUGCUUGCAGUGCCAGCAGACCUAACCCACUUGUGAUUGCUAGCCCUUCUCCCAACCGUAGAGUUUGGACCCCUCAGCCUUGUCCUGCCUGUGUAAUAAUGCCACAGUCUGCCAUCUGAGGUGGAUAAAUGUGACACAGAAAAAGGGUGUGACAUUGACCUCUUAUCAGCUCCAUCUACUCUGACCAACAGUCCUUAAUCCUGAAAUGACAGUUCCUCCUUGUUAGGACUACCUAACAUGGGCAAGGCAGUGUGAACAGAGGGGCCCACUCACAGACCUCUGUACCAUGGCUGAAAUUAGGCCCUUGCAAAGGACAGGAAUUAUGAAUGAACAAGUGGAUUAUAGCCUUGGCUAGAGUUACAUUUCCCGGAUACCCCUGGAUUGUGUGACUGUGUAUCCAGGAACAGAAAUAUAAAUAUUUUCAGGAUCUACCUGUCACCAAAGAUGUGUUUCCAGGAGACCAAAACUCUAGAAAUAGGCCUAUCUAUAUUUCAUUCAGGCAGGGUGUGGGACCUUUUUGUCAUCUAGACAGAAAGAUGUGGAUCUCCAAGGAUUCUUCAGAAGGACCCAAAAGUCAUCUCACAAAGAUCUCAGGACUGUUUUGCUUUCAUCAAGCCCUGCCCUUCCUCCCACAGUGAGUCUCCCUUUUCAUUGAGGCAGCUGUGAGCCAUGACCUUUAUCUCCAGUUUGUGUAGACUGCCCUCCCACCCAUCUUUCCCUGGCCUUCACUGCCCACUUGGCCAGCGCCAUGCUCACCCAGAGCAGCACCGCCUUCCCACUUCUCCAACCCUAUCCUGAUGUUAGCAUAGAAGCACAUAAGGCUGGACUGUUUUUUCCUGUCUUGGUUUAUAUUUCCUGCCUCCUGGAACAUAUACUCCAUAAAGGCUACAGGUUCAGUGUCCUACCCACUUGAAUUGUUACUCCCUGUGUGGUCACACAUAUCAACUAAAUGUCAGGCACAGUCUGGUGCCCGUUAGCUCCUGAGGCCCCACCUUGCACAGGUCCUUUUGGUGCUGCUAUUCCUCCCUCUCCAUCCAGCUGGCAUAGUCUGUCUCCUCACAAAACUUCCUUCUCUCUCCCACCCCACCUGGCUCUCUCCCUCAGACUUCUGCAGGAGGAGAAUCUACCACACUGUGACUCUUCUGUCUUAUUCCUCCGGCUUGUGCUCAUUGCUUACUCAGUAAGGUUACUGUGUCCAUAAUUUUGGAGCUUUGCUGUUUCUGGCUUUUCCAUGUUCUUGGAUGUUCAUUUGUAGAUUUUCACGGUCCUUUCCCAUUCUCCAGUCUCCUUGUACAUGCUGUUUAGUUCACAUAAAACCUCAUCACAGGGAUUUGUUUACUGGCACCACGCUCCAUAAACUGCUCUCUGUGCAUUGUCUCCAUGUAGUUGUCAUAGGUUCACGGGCUUAUGCUCCAUGCCCCCCAUUGCCCUGUGUGUUUCUAACCUUCACUUCUGAGACUGAUCUAAGUGUGGGAGCCAAACUAUACCUUUGGAUGCUCUUAUCAGGCUGUGCCCUCUCUUGCUGAUGCAGACUAUGAUACAAAUUUAGUUUGUAGGGUAACCUCCUCACAGUUUUCUUUGCCAUUAUCUUGGAGACCUUUGGUUGCUGUGUUCUCUCCAUGUCUGUUUUCUGCCCUCUUACCUGCAUAGCUCCUCUCAGCUGUUAAGGACUAGGUUUUAGUUUCUUUAUGGCUUUUGUGUUUUCUGUUCUCAUUGUGUCAGGAACAACAGUUCCAUGGUAGAGAAAAGCAACUCUGGUGGUAACUGUGUCAGAGCAGUUUCCUCUGGGACCUUCACUGUCCUUCCUUCCUUGGCCUGGUACACUCAAUGCCUAAUCCUGUGGAUAAGUGGAAUUUGCUGACUUUGGUCCCUGUGGCCAGUAAAACAAAAAAGGACUGGGUGCCCAGUGAAGACAGACUGCCAAACUUUAUCCCAUAAUUUAAAGACAAGAUAUUUAAUAAAAUUUUGAACAACUUCA